AAGGAAGCUCGUGUGGGUGACUUUACCCGUCUUAUCCUAGAAAGCAAACGAAUCCUGGCGGACAAGUCAUGCGCACGCAAGGUUUUCUGCUCCAGAUGUGAAGUUCAAGGUUAUACCUCAAGGCGUGUCAGAGAUGGAAAUCGAACAGACAGCUUGUUUUUAACCUUGCCUUUUGUUACCAAGGCUGUGAUGAACGAGUGAAUGAUCUCUCUGGCUUGUGCACUCCGAGGCUGAAAGCGCGCACUGCAGCGGUGCCAUGGCGGGAGCGGCUCUGGCGGGUCUCUCCGUGAUGCUCGGUGCGGGUUUCCUCGCCUGGGACUGGUCGAGCCAGAACCAAGUGGAGACUGAUCCUGCGGCACCGAACCCCCGCAGACCACCGCACAUCAUCUUCAUCAUGACAGACGACCUGGGUUUCAAUGACAUCGGCUACCACAACCCUGACAUGCGCACACCCACGCUGGAUAAGCUGGCGGCGAAUGGAGUGAAGCUGGAGAAUUACUACGUGCAGCCGAUCUGUACACCUUCCCGUAGCCAAUUCCUCACCGGCAGGUAUCAGAUCCACACGGGUCUCCAGCAUUCGAUCAUCAGGUCCCGCCAGCCCAACUGUCUGCCUUUUGACAUGGUCACCCUGCCACAACGCCUCCAGGAGGCCGGCUACUCCACGCACAUGGUGGGUAAAUGGCAUCUGGGCUUCUACAAACGUGACUGUCUCCCCACUCGUCGCGGCUUUCAUACCUACUUUGGUUCGCUGACAGGCAGUGUGGACUACUACACGUACGACUCCUGUGAUGGCCCAGGGAGGUGUGGCUACGAUCUCCAUGAAGGUGAGACAGUGGCAUGGGGAUAUCGGGGAAAAUACUCGACACAUCUGUACACACGCAGAGUUCGGAAGAUUCUGGCAUCGCACAAUCCAUCUGGACAGCCUCUGUUUAUUUUCCUGUCCUUCCAGGCUGUUCACACUCCCUUACAGUGUCCUAAGGAGUACAUCUACCCGUAUCGUGGCAUGGGGAAUGUUAAUCGGCGCAAAUAUGCAGGCAUGGUCUCAUCAGUGGAUGAGGCAGUACACAACGUGACAUAUGCGCUCCGGAAAUAUGGUUAUUACCGCAACAGUGUGAUUAUCUUCUCUACAGAUAAUGGUGGCCAGCCUUUAUUUGGAGGAAGUAAUUGGCCACUCAGGGGCAGGAAGGGGACAUAUUGGGAAGGUGGCUUGCGUGCAGUUGGAUUUGUCCACAGCCCACUUCUCAGGAGACGGCGGAAAGUCAGUAAGGCACUGGUUCACAUCACUGAUUGGUACCCAACACUGGUGCGCCUGGCAGGGGGAAAUGUAUCUCAAAUGCAUGAGCUAGAUGGGUAUGACAUGUGGGAAACGAUCAGCGAGGGCAAGGAGUCCCCACGCUUCGAGAUCCUCCACAACAUCGACCCACUGUAUGUGCCUUCACGCCACGGCUCACUUCGGGGUGGAUAUGGCAUCUGGAACACUGCUGUACAGGCAGCAGUGCGAAUGGGAGACUGGAAGCUGCUGACAGGAGAGCCGGGUUAUGGAGACUGGACACCACCACAGGUGUUAGGAAACUUCCCAGGGGGCUGGUGGGAUCUUGAGCGUCACGCCGAAGCCCGCAAAUCACUAUGGCUGUUCAACAUCACAGCAGAUCCGUAUGAGCGCUACGACAUGGCUGAACAGAGGCCUGAUGUGGUAAAACAGCUGUUGGCCAGGAUAGCAUUUUAUAAUCGCACAGCUGUGCCUGUGCGCUACCCUGCUGAGGACCCAAGGGCAGAUCCGAGUCUGAAUGGAGGGGCGUGGAGGCCCUGGGCCGGGGACAAGGAAGCAGACAGAUGGCACCAAGUUUAUCACAGGAGGAGGAAUGACAAAAAUAAGAAGCUGAGCAAAAUGAGGUCAUUUUUCAAGAAACUGAACACAAAGAUUAUGUCCAAUAGGAUAUGAGUGGUAUACAUGUGAUAAAUGUGAUUUUCUUCAUAACCUUCUGAAAACCUUUUGGAAAAUUCAGAUGAACGUCUUUUGCUUAAUUAUGCAUUACGAGCUUCUCAUGUUUGACUGUAUCUUAUUACAUACUCUACCUCUCCAUUUUUUUCUCUACUUGUGUACUUUGUAAGGCCCUACACUCUUAUAAAUGGGUUCUUCAGCUGUUCCUUUAGGGGAACCCUUAAACGUUCUGUGUAGAAUCCUACAACGGUGCUUCCCUUUUAGAAAUGGUUUGAAGCAGAGCCUGUUUAGGAGGCGAAAAACCCUUAAUUAUUCUAAAAACCUUUAAAAGACCGUUGAAGAACCCCCCCUUUUUUUAAAGAGUGUUAUGCAUUCCUAGUACAACCUAAAAGAAAGGGCUGAGGACUUACUGACGGAUUAAUGUAAUGAAUGAAGGAAUGCAUUUUUGUGGUGGUCUACUCUAGACAAUCAUGCAUUUACAAUGCUCCUGGAUGCCUUUAAAAAUAUUAACACUGUGGACCAAAAAAAGACAAAAACAAAACAUUGUUUACCUGGACUAGCUGCUUUUCAUUUGUUUACAUAUUCCUUUUUAAAUGGAGUGUUUAAAUCAGAAUGAUCAACUGCUCGCCAGACAUCCUAGUAUUUGGCAUAAUAUGUGUUGUGAGUGUUCUGCAUGCGUUGAUGGGUAAAAUUUCUUAUCUCCACUAAGAGACUUCCCUCUAGUGGUCACAUGGUGGUAUAAACAAACGUGGAUCUUGAGAGCUGCAAGAAAUUUCUUACUUUAAAAUUUUUUAAAAGUGAUGUUUCAUGGAAAUCAACAUAAAAUACAAAUAAAUACAAACUAAAUAAGUUUUAAAAGAGAAGCAAAGGAAGCUUGUGGCUUUAUUUGUGUUACUUUCUGAGUUUUGUAUAUAUUUAUUCCAGAGUUUAUUUUUUUAUCCUCUCUAUAUUGAUUUUUAUAUUCCUAAAGAUGUUUUAAUUUAUUUAUCCUAUUUUAUUUUAUUAUUUUUUAUUAUUUAUUUUAAAUCUUUUAAUUUCUGUAUUUAUUGCAGGAUUCCCAUAUUUUCUAUUCCUUUAUAUUCAUAUGAUAAUGGGAGUGCUUUUGCAACAGACGAUACACUGAUGAGGCGUUUCUUCAAAGUCCCUAGUGGACUGUGAUGGUACUGCAGCGGGUCUUCAAUAUAGGCUUUUAACUACAAAAUAAUGGGUAAAAAUUAUUAUUAACCAAUUUCAGAUAUUAAUAGCUAAAAUGUAUUAAUCAUUAUUUCUCCAAAAUAUGUUAAUCAUUAUUUGAUUCUGAAAGAUUUCAGAUUGUUUGCUGUGAUGAGUUUUGAGUGAUAUUUAUCUCAAGCCUAUGUUUUAUAUCAAGCUGAUCAGUAUCUUCUCUACUGGGUGUGAGGUCUUUAAGAAGGCACAUUGUAGUUAAUUAUAACGUAUAAUUAUGGACAGGACCCUGUUUCCCAAAAGUGACAUAAAAAAUAAUAGUAUCUUAACUGGUACAGAGUGGGAGUGCAGUGAAAUGCCAUUAAAGGAUUCUGGACUUCUGGAAACUCAGCAGUGGUCCAUUCAGGUUAGGGAGCUUUUGAGGCCGUUCAUAUGGGCCACACAUUGACCUAUUUUGAUUUCUUUUAUCAUUUUAGUGUUUUAGUAAAAGAUAGCAUUUAAGAAGGGCUUAAAUGUAUGACUAUCAAGCCAUUAGUGUGAUUAAUUAAUAGAGCUGUUUCCCUCUACGGAAACUAUCAAUCACUCAGGGGUAAUAAUGAGAUACUGUGACACUGAUAUUUCACAUCAUAAUCAAAUUAAAGAAAAAAUGAAUACGUAAAAAAUGUUUUUAACACAAUUUAUAUUACCAAAUGAAAUAUUAGCAUAUAUACACAAUUUUGUUUAUUUUAUUUAUUAAUGUAUUUGAGUACUGUAUUUAUUAUUGUUUUAGCAUAUCUAACCCUACACUGCGUCAGUAAUAAAUGCAUGCAUUAUUUUCUUACAAUUUUUUUUUUUUUUUUUUACAAUGGAGCAAAAUAAUAGCCCUGAGCUCAUGAGGCAUUUACAAAGCAUAAUGUUGUUUAAAAUUAAACUCUGAAGCAAAUGUUUCAGCGACAGUAUAAUAAAAAAGCAGCAACCAUGACUAUGAUAAUCUCAGUUCUACAUAUGCUUACAUGUGAUACCAAUAACAAAAAUAAAGAACUUCUCUUUGCAUUCAGUAGGAAAGAUUGAUAACUCAGUGGUUAAGACGUUGCACUACUGCCACUGCUGGGCCCUUAAUCAAGGCCUUUAUCCCUCAACUGAAUGAGAUAAAUGUCAGUCACUCUGGAUAAGGGCGUCAGCCAAAUGCCCUAAAUUUAAACACAAUACAGCAAAGUGACAUAAGGUACCUUGUGGCCUAAUGAAUAACAAAUAGA